AUGACAGGUAAGACGCUAUAUAAGUAUCCAGAGUGCCAGUUGACAAAGAAGGGAAGAGAAUACAUCGGGAAGGUGAGUCAGACGGAAUCAGGAAGGGAGUGUCUGAGAUGGGACACUCAGCCCUACGGAACACCCGAUGAUUUUCUCAAAUUUUUACCUUAUUCUCUGCACUUCUACAACCUGGAUACCUGGUCUCACAAGAACUACUGCCGUAACCCAUCCGGAAGGGAGAGGCCAUGGUGUUUCGUCAAGAACGAAGAUGUUCAAUGGGAAUAUUGUGAUAUCCCCAUGUGCACCGAUACUGAGUGCAAGAUAACUCAACAGGGUGGUGAAUACUUUGGAAGGAAGAACGUGAGCCAUUCAGGAUAUGCAUGCGAACCUUGGUGGGAAAAUACGACAAUGACAAUUCCUGAAAUGGAGACAUUCUUCAUACCGACAUUUCCGGAUUACAAAGAAACUGAGAAGGUACACAGCUUCUGUCGCAACCCUAAUGGAAACGGCGCUCCUUGGUGUUUAAUAAAAGAAAAUCCGGGCUAUGAAUUCUGUGACAUUCCCUUCUGUGAGAUCCAAGAAAUUCAAGUUGGACCCGAGGGGAACGAGUACCCCGAAUGCAGACUGACGGAGAAAGGAAAGGAAUAUGUGGGGACAAAGGAUGUGACUGAGACGGGAAAGCCUUGUCUUGAUUGGGAAUCUCAGCCGUAUGGCAUGCCAUGGGAUUUCUUCAAUCAGGAAAUGGGAUAUUCGGAUCACUUCAUCUAUGGAGACCCAGGAAUCCACAAGAAUUACUGUCGGAACCCUUCUCUGCAGAGGGAAAGGCCAUGGUGUUUCGUCUCUGACCCAGACAUCAAGUGGGAAUACUGCGACAUUCCCUUCUGUCAUAACCUCGGUGCGUCCCUCAAUUCAAUCGUGAUGAAAUUGGCUGCUUCAUUGCUUGAGCGCAAGCCGUCCAAAUGCAAGCUGACGCGAAGCGGCAGUGAAUAUGUCGGAAGGCAGAAUACGACCAUUUCGGGAUUUCCGUGCCAACACUGGUUGGCUCAAUUUCCAAAUGGUCACGUUUCGAUUGACUUUCUAUCAAAGUUUCCUGAUGAAAUUGAUGGAAACCACAACUUUUGCCGCAACUCUGCUGACAAUGCCCAUGGUCCAUGGUGUUUUCUCAGAAAAUCCCCCAACAGGCAGGACUGGGAAUAUUGCGAUGUUCCCUUUUGUCCCAGGAAAGAAGGGGAACGAUGCGAUAUUCGUGUCUCGGGAGUGUGCAUUAGUGGGUCUUUCUUUGUUUUCUUGAAUAUCUUCGGAUAG